AUGUCUGGUCCAGUUGCAUCGAAUUUGGUCCUGUUAAAUGACUUGUCCGCGUGUGCGCAGGGAACAAAAGUCCGCUUUCUAGGCUGCAUCGAUGGAUACGUCACUGAGACCGCAACACUGCGGCUUAAGCACAACUACCCGAUAUCUAACCCGCCCGUUAUUGCGAAUCUCGAUAUCCAACAUGUACUGGAGCGGAUAAAGCAUCUUGACGUAGACAUCGGAACGUGGCUAAAUGUCAUCGGAUAUGUCGAGCGCAGGAAAGAGCAGGGCGUCUUUGUACAAGCCGUCACUGUCUGGAAUGCCGGCAACAUCGACCUCAAGGCGUAUGAAAAGGCUGUCGAGGCGCGCAUGGAGGCUGUAUGA